AUGUCUGGAGAAAUUACUCAUCUUGGUUUUUUCCCUCUUAUUACAGAAGCUGAAGUUGCUGCAAAUAAGAAUGUUGACGUGAUCCUUGGUGAAGACGAACUUGUCCACAUUUCUCAGUUGAACAAUACUUUUAAUGUAGUUCUAAAUAUAGCGGUGUCUCUUGACUUUAAUGGCUAUCCGGAUGGUGUAGUAAAACUGCAUCUGAAGGUUGACGGAGAGACAUAUAUGAUUGGGUCUCUUUCACAGCAAAAAGAAGGCUACAUGAGUCUUGAUCUCAUCAUUGAUGAGAAUUUCACGCUCUCGCACUCCUCAAAUAGAGGUAGUGUCCACUUUAUCGGCUACAAGACGCCUAAUUUGAAGACUCUUGUGAAUGAAGGCAUCGUUAGUAUUAAAGUCGCUGAUCCUAGACCACAACCUGCGAUUCCCAAUUCUUAUCGGCAAUUGCAUGUUCCUCGGAGGUUAAGAGACGAUUUCUUGAAGCUAGCUAAGUCAAACACAGUUGCUAAUCUAGAGACUUGUGGACUGCUGGCGGGCUCUAAGGUGUGUAGACAGCAAGGCAAUGUUUAUCAGAUGACUACUCUCAUAAUCCCAAAGCAGAAGUCUACGUCAACUUCUUACGAAAUGCUAAACGAAGAAGAAGUACUUAAAGUACAAGAGGACCUCUCUUUAAUUUCCUUGGGUUGGAUCCAUAUGCUGUUACCGGAGGCAGUGGCAAUCGUAGUGGCUCCAACAGACAAAUCAAUACCUUAUGGAAUAUUCCAUCUUUCUGAUCCAUCUGGUUUAUCCAUGAUCCGUAACUGUGACCAGCAAUCGUAG